AUGAAGUGCAUAUCCUUUACUAAUGAGUUGGGUCAACUUAAAGAUUUCAAAGCCCAUAUAUAUGUUGAUUCUCAGGUUACUCCCAAGUUUUACAAGCCUCGUCCUAUUCCGUACGCAUAUAAGAAGAAAGUUGAAGAUGAAUUGCAAAGAUUAUCAGACCUAGGAAUUGUUUCCCUAAUUCAAUUUUCUGAGUGGGCAGCACCUAUUGUGCCUGUAUUGAAGAGUGAUAAAGUGAAUGUGAGAAUUUGUGGUGACUAUAGUGUAACUGUUAACAAAGCGUCCAAAUUAGAGUCAUAUCCUAUUCCAAAAUUGGAUGAUCUGUUAGCAGCAUUAUCUGGGGGCACUAUCUAUACUAAACUGGACAUGUCCCAAGCUUAUCAGCAGCUCGAGCUAGACGAUGAUAGUAAAUGUUUCACUGUCAUCAAUACUCAUAAGGGCCUUUUCACAUAUAAUCGUUUGCCUUUUGGCAUAUCCUCAGCGCCAGCAAUUUUUCAACGAGUAAUGGAGAGUCUAUUGCAAGAUAUCCUGAAUGUAGCUGUUUAUAUAGAUGAUAUUUUGGUAGCUGGCAAGUCUCACGCUGAGCAUAUUCAGACUCUAGAGAGAGUAUUUUCUCGCCUUCAUGAUGCUGGUCUGCGUUUAAAGAAAGAGAAGUGUACUUUCUGUACUUCUUCUGUCCAGUAUCUUGGUUUUCGUAUUAAUAAAGAUGGUCUUCACCCCACAGCUGAGAAGAUUAGAGCUAUUAAAGAAGCCCCUACGCCUACUAAUAUCAUGCAACUUAAAGCAUAUUUGGGCCUACUAUCGUAUUAUAAUCGUUUUUUGCCUCAUUUGCCUUCUACAUUAGCCCCGCUUUAUGAGUUGUUGCAUCAUAAUGUUACUUGGAAUUGGUCACCAGAUUCUGAAGCAGCCUUUAUUAAAUCUAAAGAGCUGUUGACUGAUGAUAAAUGUCUAGUGCACUUUGAUAGCACAUUGCCUCUUCUCUUAGCAUGUGAUGCAUCGCAGUAUGGAGUUGGAGCAGUUUUGGCUCACCGUUUCCCAGAUGGUACUGAGAGACCAAUUGCGUUCACAUCUCGUACACUGAGUGAUACUGAGAAGAAGUAUAGUCAAGUUGAAAAGGAGGGUUUGGCAUGUGUCUUUGGGGUUAGGAAAUUUCAUUGUUACUUGUAUGGUCAUCAUUUUUCCUUAAUUACUGACCACAAGCCUCUACUAUCUUUACUGGGUGGUCAGAAGCCUAUUUCAAGUCAAUCAUCAGCUCGUAUUCAAAGAUGGGCAUUGAUUCUAGCAGCAUAUGAGUAUGAUUUACACUUCAAGUCUUCUACUAAUCAUGCUAAUGCAGAUGCAUUAAGCCGCCUUCCAUUAAGUGAAUCGAUUAGUAAUACUCCCCUUCUACCAAAAUUAAUUCUUUUAAUGGAGAACAUAGCUAAUAGUCCUGUUACUGCUAAAAGUAUUGCUGCUGCUACUAAAUCAGACUCUACUCUGUCCCUAGUUCUACAAUAUCUGAAGUCAGGAUGGCCUGAUAGCUGUCCUGAUGAUUCACUGAAGCCCUACUGGCAUAGACAGCACGAGUUAUCUCUGCAUGAUGGUUGCAUUCUCUGGGCUUCUCGAGUUGUUAUUCCAGCGAAAUUUCGCCAACAGUUACUACUUGAAUUGCAUGAAGGUCAUUUUGGCAUCACUAAAUUGAAAGCUAGAGCACGAUCGUGUAUAUGGUGGCCUAAUAUUGAUACUGCUAUAGAGGAAAUGGUAAAAAGUUGUUCUUCUUGCCAGGAAAAUCAUAAUUCUCCUCCCGAGGCUCCCAUUCAUCCUUGGCCAUGGCCAUCCCGCCCUUGGUCCCGCCUCCACAUUGAUUUUGCUGGUCCUUUGAAGAAUAACACUAUGCUACUAGUAAUUGUGGAUGCAUUUUCUAAGUGGAUUGAAGUAUUUCCUGUGUCUACAGUUACUUCAUCAGCUACUAUCUCUAAAUUAAAAAUGCUUUUUGCACAGUUUGGUUUGCCUGAUACUAUUGUCUCUGACAAUGGCCCGUCACUCGUAAGUCAAGAGUUUAAAUCAUAUCUCACUCAAUAUGGUAUUCGCCAUAUUACAUGUACCUCUUCACCAUACCAUCCUGCCUCUAAUGGGUUGGCUGAAAGAGCUGUUCAGCUAGUCAAGAAUGGUCUUAAGAAAGAUGCUGAUGGUACACUGUCUGAGAGACUAGCAUGUAUUCUCCUUAAUUACAGGGUUAUUCCUCAUGGUACCACUGGUAUUUCUCCCUCAGAACUGAUGUUCGGACGUAUUAUUAAGUCUAAGGUGGAUUUGGUGAAACCAGAUCUUACCACUCGAGUAGAGAAUAACCAGUAUAAGCAGAAGGAUUUCCAUGAUCAGCACUCUCGUACUAGGAAAUUUUUAGUAGGGGAGGGAAUAAUGUAUAGAAAUUUUAGUGGAGAUCCAAAGUGGAAACCAGGUAAAAUUACUAAGUACCUUGGUUCACUAUCCUUUUUGAUUCAAGGAGAUGAUUGAACUAAUAUUAGGAGACAUAUGGAUCAUAUAAUUAAGAAGAAAGAGUCUAUGGUACCCGAGGAUGAUUUUACACCAUUCCCGAAUACUCGUCGAACAACGGAGGAAACUCGUACUACUCGUUCUCCAUAUCCGACUCGUUCUCGUCGUCCUCCAAACUGGUACGCCCCUUUCCUUAAUUAAGCUGGGGGGAUGUAGUGACUGUAUUUGCAUACAUGAGUUAUUAUUGUUAUUGUUGUAAUUAUUAUUGUAGUGUUAUUGUUGUUACUAUUAUUGUUA